AUGCAGAACAGUCAAGACAGCCCGCCUCGCGCACCUCCUAUUCAGUACAAUGCCCCACUGGGAACUCGCUGGGCAAAGGAAAAGGCCGCCGCUGGGGGCUCAGCAGCCUUCGAUCUCCCUUCAGAUCCAAAGUCUAUCGGUCCCUGGAUCCUGGGCGAAUGCAUCGGCAAAGGCGCUUCUGGUCGUGUAAAGAUUGCCCGCCACCAACGAACCCGCCAGCUUGCAGCCGUCAAGAUCCUCCCCAUUGCACCGUUGGUCAACUCCAGAGCCUCUCUCGCCACCCAGCAGGCCAAAUCCGAAAAGCAGCGUCUCGGCAUCGACCGCGAAAUCACAAUGAUGAAACUCAUGAACCAUCCCAACAUCAUGCGCAUCUACGACGUCUACGAGGGCGAGAAGGAGCUCUUUCUCGUUCUCGAGUACGUCGAGGGUGGCGAGCUCUUUGACUUUUUGGUCAACCGCGGUCGUCUUCCACCGAGCGAAGCUCUUCUCUAUUUUCGACAGAUCAUCUAUGGUCUCAACUAUGCACAUACCUUUUCCAUCAUCCACAGAGAUCUCAAGCCCGAGAAUAUCCUCAUCGCCUCUCUCGACCCGCCUGUCGUCAAGAUUGCCGACUGGGGCAUGGCGGCCUUUGCUCCCCCUAUGCUCCAACUCGAAACUAGUUGUGGAUCUCCUCACUACGCCAGUCCCGAGAUCGUCAAUGGAGAAAAGUACUUUGGAACGGCAACGGAUAUCUGGAGCUGUGGUGUCAUUCUCUAUGCUCUCUUGACUGGCCGACUUCCCUUUGACGACAAAAACGUUCGCACUCUACUCUCCAAGGUCAAGAGCGGCAAGUACGACAUUCCUUCUUGGAUGGAUCCCAUGGCCAAAGACCUCUUGACCAAAAUGCUUGUCGUAGACGUUCACAAACGCAUCACGAUUCCAGACAUUCUUGUCCACCCAUGGUUCGUCAAGGGUCCGACAUCCACCUCGCAACAUACUAUGGACAUUACUUUGGCUCAACCUCCACUACCCCCUUCUCCUAGUACUCUGGCGCGCCCCAUUGCUUCUCCUGAUCUCAUUGACCCUGAACUCUUUGCCUCGUUGCGUAUCAUCUGGGGACGACACGCCGAUCCCGACGGCGCUGCCAUCCAACAAGACCUUUGUUCCCCCGCAGGUCAAGGGCUACACGCCAAGGCAUUCUACUUCCUUUUGGACAGAUACAGAGAAGAAUCACUUCGCAACCGGUCUGAUGACGCUGCGGAUAGGAUACAAACUCCACGUUCUGAAACUGAAUGUCAAUCGGACAAACUCUAUCUUGGCUGGGACCUCGAUCAAACUCGUGCACGCAGGAGCCUCGAGGCUGUCGUGAACACUUCAUCUCCGGCGGACAAAGCUGUCUCACCCUACAGAUCGACCACGCCCGCGAAUGAACCCUUUACUGCGGAUGAUCCACGAUCCAAUGAAUUGGUGCUGCCUACUGCGUCUCGCUCAGCCCAUCAGUCCAUUCGACAUCCGAUGGAUACGCGAAAGAGGCAAACGACACAUUCUUACUCUACGACAUCUACGGCAACCUCCGCGACCCGGAGUACAGCUUCUUCGAUAAACACUAUCAGCUCUCCUCGGUCUGCCAUUCCCAAGCGCGGGUAUACGCAUUCGAUGACCCACGGCCAAACACGAAGUUCUCAUGAGAAACGACGUGCGACUGACCCGAGUAUCCAGUCGAUGCCUGGAACGCCUAUACCGACCACACGACACCCCAACCUCCUCGGAGAAGAUCGAUCGUUCUUGAAGGAGCUUCAGCGUCGUGCAUCAGCUGUACCAUUCCAUGCAUCCGUGCACCCAGGUCGGGUCCCGCCGCCGUCUUUGAUGGACGUGGACUCUUCUGCGGUCACGUUGAGACAGUCCAUGGUCGAACGUUCCGAUCUCCGUGAAAACGUGGAUAGACCUGGGGCGGUUAGAACUGACGUUUCAGUUAUUCCAUCUGACAACCAUAUCCACCACCGGCAAUCUACUCGUCGUCGUGCCUCACUAGACGCCGAAAAGGAGAACGCCAUGGCUGUCGAUGAUGGGUGGACUCACGUCGAAACCGAGUCUGCUAAUGCUCAUUCUCGACCUAGUCCUUUCGGCGUAACGACCAAUCGGGAGGUUGGACGAGAUGUGGUCAACACGCCGGAGACCACCCACUCCAUUCCGAGCGCCAAAACCAAAAAGGAGAAAGAAAGGAAAAGUCGACCGCCGCCGAUUGAAUUACCGCCCAUCCAUCAGCGUCGCACUUUGGUUGGUUCCUCUUUCCAUACGCCUUCUCCGGGCCUCCAUGGUGGUACUGGGACUGCCCAUACUGGUAGUACGAGCAACAGGAUUAUGGCCUCCCCUGUUGUCGGCGAGUUCAAAGGCUGGUUCUCGAAUUUGUUCAACUGGAAGAGCCACUCUGCUCAUCCUCCCGCCUCUGUCUUCUACUCCCCAGAAGACAUCCCCAAAACUCGCGAAAUGACGCUCCGGUUCUUCCAGAGUCUCGCUUUUGGCAUUUCUCGUGUUAUUCUGGAUCUUAACGCCGACAGCAGUGAGAUUUAUCAUUGUCGAUUGGACCAGAGCGUGGUUGAUCUUGCUACGAAUACGACGCUGAAACCUGUCCGGUUGAGGGUGGAGUUUAGUCUUGUUGUUCCUGCUAGUCCUGGGCCCACUACUGGUGGUGGGACUGGUGCUAUGACGAGCUCGGCUGGGACUACGCCGACGCCUACGCCGACCACUGCUACCUCGGAAUUCUGGACGUUUACUACUGGGCAACUUCAACAACAUGCGCAACAGCCGUUGGAUCCUAGUUCCAACACCUUUUUGAGCGCUGGGACGGCUGGAUUUGGAGCGAGAGCGACUCGGAAUAGUCUUGCUGCACUUGGUCGGACGGCUUCGAAUGCGAUUGGGCAUCACCAUCAAAGUCACCAUCAUCAUCAUCAUCUUCACCAUCAUCCUACUGUAAAUACGACCUCAGCUACUACCACUACUACGGCUCCUACCUCAGGUGGGCAGGGUGCUACGGUCAACGCCAACGCAACGGCUCUGCUCUCGACACACUGGGAGAUGCCUCUCGGCUGUGCGUGUGUGAUUGUGAUGACGUUUGAGAAGGGGUCGGGGUCUGCGUUUAGGGCGGUUAAGCAGCGGUUGCAGGAUAUGUUUUCGGAUUCGCAGGUGGUUGGGUCGGGUGUAGGCGCGGGUGUGGGUGUGGGUGCAGGUGGGGGUGUUGGGGCGGGAGGAGGCGCUAUUUCGCCGACGUGUUUCAGUCCUGUUUUGACUGCUGCUGGUGGUGGGGAUCGGAUGGUGAUGUAG